GUUGUGUAAUUUGAAGAAAAGCAUCGAACCGAACCAGAGAAAGUGUUGUGAACUCGAGAACUUUCUUUGUCGUCACUCAAGGGUUAGGGAUGCGGAGGAACAGUCCAGCAUACUACAGUCCUCCUCGGAGAGGCUACGGCGGUAGAGGGCCUAGUAGGAGGGGAUACGGUGGAGGCAGGCGCAGGGAAAGCAAUAAUGGAAGCCUUUUGGUUCGGAACAUUCCUCUCGAUUGCAGAUCUGAAGAACUUCGUGUCCCCUUCGAGCGAUUUGGACCUGUUCGUGAUGUCUACAUACCAAAGGACUAUUACUCUGGAGAACCUCGAGGCUUUGCAUUUGUGCAGUUUGUGGACGCUGAUGAUGCCUCGGAUGCACAGUACCAUAUGAACAGACAGAUUUUUGCUGGAAGGGAAAUAUCCGUUGUCGUGGCAGCAGAGACCAGAAAAAGACCAGAGGAGAUGCGUCAAAGGACUACUAGGGUCAGAGGACCAGGGAGCUAUGGGGGGCAUAGGUCUUCUUAUUAUGGUCGAUCUCGAUCUCGCUCAAUCACCAGAUCACGCUCACCACCUUAUCACUCUGGUUCUAGAAAUCGAUAUCGCUCAAGGUCCUUUUCUCCUGCCCCAAGGCGGCAAAGUGACUACUCUGUUUCCCCUAGAAGGCAAGCAGAGCAUCCUAGAUCACCCAGAAGUCCUCCUGGGGAGCAUGUGGAGCGAGAUGGUGAUCAUAAGCGCAGGUCAUAUUCUCCAGCUUAUGGCAAUGGUGCUGAUCAGAAUCAAAGCAAUGGAUAUGCCGAUAAAUCUAUAUACAAGUCUGAGGCUGAUCGAGGCCAGUGGAAGUCAUCCCUACGUAGAGCAUCAAGAUCACCCCUUGGUUCUAGAUCAAGAUCUCCUGAUUUGUCACCUAGACGUGGAAGAUGAGGUUGUGGGUGGUUGGCAAUGUGCUGCUGGUCUUCUGUACAAUUCCUACUAUUCAACAAGGCGUUUUGCGUGUAUGAUGGAUGAAUGUAUAAUCUUCCGAUUUGUUACUGAUGUUCGGCUUUUUGGACAUUCUGAACUUACAUAGUAAAACUUAAUCGAUAACCCUGACUGGUAAAUUGUUUUGAGCUUGCUUUUUGAUUUGUCAAACACGCGUAGCAUGAUUU